GCCCGCCCCCCCUCCACGCCGUCCUGCUCGGCGCCUGCCGGGCCGGGUGCUCUUACCCCGCUGCCGCGCUGGAGCCCCGGCGUCCGAAGCUGGGGGCGCGGCCGCGCUUUCCUCGCCUGGCCGGUUGUGGCCAGGCCCUGCCCUGAAGGAGCGAAGCGGUGGGAAGCGCUGGAGGUGGAGCCGGCCCCGGCGGCCGCCCAGCAUCUCUCCCCAGCGCAAGCUCCCCGGACCCAACGCAAAGCGGUCCCAGGCUCCUGCCCAUGCGGGGCGCCCCCGGCUCGGAAGAGUCCUCGCGGCAGAGAGCAGCUCCAAGUGGCCGCCCAGAAGGGAGAGGAAGAAGGGACAGUGCUCAGCUUGGGCAAUCCGGACCCUCCCCGCGGCAUUUGGAGCCGGGGGCCGCCCUAAGUCUGCGCUUGGCUUCGCCGCUCGGACUAAGGGGAGUGCUUGCCAGGACCUGACCUGGACCUCUCGCGCCUUGUAGGCGGCGGCGUCGCCACGCCACCCAGCUCUUCGGCGUUUUUCCUCUGCUUGGCAGCAGUCACGGCUAAGAACCUACACUAAGAAACCUACACUAAAAUUCAGAUGCAUCAGCCACUUGUAGAGCACGUGUCGGGGGCCAGAAAGUAUUAUGAGGGAGGCCGAGGACUUCACGCUCCAGACAGAGAAACGGCGCUGGGAUUAGGGAUUGCCACUUCCGAGAGGAUGCUGGGAAUCUGCAGAGGGAGACGGAAAUUCCUGGCUGCCUCCUUGACUCUUCUCUGCAUCCCAGCCAUCACCUGGGUUUACCUGUUUGCUGGGAGCUUCGAAGAUGGGAAGCCAGUGUCUCUGUCUCCGCUUGAGGCCCAGGAGCACAGCCCCCGGUACACCGCCUCCAGCCAGCGGGAGCGGGAGAGCCUGGAGGUGCGCAUGCGUGAGGUGGAGGAGGAGAACCGCGCGCUCCGCAGGCAGCUCAGCCUGGCCCAGGGUCGGGCCCCAGCCCAUCGUCGCGGCAACAACUCCAAGACCUACUCCAUGGAGGAGGGUACUGGAGACAGCGAGAACCUUCGGGCAGGCAUCGUGGCAGGCAACAGCUCUGAAUGUGGGCAGCAGCCGGUCGUGGAGAAGUGCGAGACGAUCCACGUGGCUAUUGUCUGUGCCGGAUACAACGCCAGUCGAGACGUCGUCACCUUGGUCAAGUCAGUCCUGUUUCAUAGACGGAACCCUCUGCACUUCCACCUCAUUGCAGACUCCAUCGCAGAACAGAUCCUGGCCACCCUCUUCCAGACCUGGAUGGUUCCAGCCGUGCGCGUGGACUUCUAUAACGCAGAUGAGCUCAAGUCUGAAGUUUCCUGGAUCCCCAACAAACAUUACUCUGGGAUUUAUGGUCUCAUGAAGCUUGUUCUGACCAAGACUCUUCCUGCCAACCUCGAGCGAGUCAUCGUCCUUGACACUGAUAUCACCUUUGCAACUGACAUUGCAGAGCUGUGGGCCGUAUUCCACAAGUUCAAAGGUCAGCAGGUCCUGGGCUUGGUAGAGAACCAGAGUGACUGGUACCUGGGAAACCUGUGGAAAAAUCACCGUCCUUGGCCAGCCCUUGGAAGGGGCUACAACACAGGGGUGAUACUGCUGCUUUUGGAUAAGCUGCGGAAGAUGAAAUGGGAGCAGAUGUGGAGACUGACUGCAGAAAGAGAACUCAUGGGCAUGCUGUCCACAUCCUUGGCUGAUCAGGAUAUUUUCAAUGCUGUCAUCAAACAAAACCCCUUCCUUGUGUAUCAGCUCCCCUGCUUCUGGAACGUGCAGCUGUCGGAUCACACCCGCUCUGAACAGUGCUACAGAGAUGUGUCUGAUCUGAAGGUCAUCCACUGGAACUCCCCCAAGAAGCUCCGGGUGAAGAACAAGCAUGUGGAGUUUUUCCGCAACCUCUACCUGACCUUCCUGGAGUAUGAUGGCAACCUUUUGCGGCGGGAGCUGUUUGGCUGCCCCAGCGAGGCCGAUGUCAACAGUGAGAAUCUUCAGAAGCAGCUGUCCGAGCUGGAUGAAGACGACCUGUGUUACGAGUUCCGGCGAGAGCGGUUGACUGUCCACCGCACCCACCUGUACUUCUUGCACUAUGAGUACGAGCCCGCCACAGACAACACGGAUGUCACCCUGGUCGCUCAGCUGUCCAUGGACAGGCUCCAGAUGCUGGAGGCCAUCUGCAAGCACUGGGAGGGGCCCAUCAGCCUGGCCCUCUACCUGUCGGACGCUGAGGCCCAGCAGUUCCUCCGCUACGCCCAGGGCUCCGAGGUGCUCAUGAGCCGCCACAACGUGGGCUACCACAUCGUGUACAAGGAGGGCCAGUUCUACCCCGUGAAUCUGCUGCGCAACGUUGCCAUGAAGCACAUCAGCACGCCCUACAUGUUCCUGUCCGACAUCGACUUCCUGCCCAUGUACGGGCUCUAUGAGUACCUCAGGAAGUCUGUUGUCCAGCUUGACCUUGCCAACACCAAGAAAGCGAUGAUCGUUCCUGCCUUCGAGACUCUGCGUUACCGCCUCUCCUUCCCCAAGUCAAAAGCGGAAUUGCUGUCGAUGCUGGACAUGGGAACCCUCUUCACAUUCAGGUACCACGUCUGGACGAAAGGCCAUGCACCCACCAACUUUGCCAAGUGGCGGACUGCCACCACGCCUUACCGGGUCGAGUGGGAGGCCGAUUUUGAGCCGUAUGUGGUCGUGAGACGUGAUUGCCCUGAGUAUGAUCGGAGGUUCGUGGGCUUUGGCUGGAACAAGGUGGCUCACAUCAUGGAACUGGAUGUGCAGGAGUAUGAAUUCACUGUGCUGCCCAAUGCCUACAUGAUCCACAUGCCUCACGCCCCCAGCUUCGACAUUACUAAGUUCCGUUCCAACAAGCAAUACCGCAUCUGUCUCAAAACUCUGAAGGAAGAGUUUCAGCAGGACAUGUCCCGCCGCUAUGGCUUCGCUGCCCUGAAAUAUCUCACGGCCGAGAACAACAGCUAGCAUCAAGAAGCCCGCACUAGGGAGAGACGCGCUGCAGGGGAAGAACCACUCACUGUUUGGGGCCCAGCCUUGAAAUUCAGAAUCAAGCAAUGCUUUUUUUGGUUUGUUUUUUAUUUGGAUCUUUGGCCCAACAAAGCUGCCCUCAACUACAGAGAUCUUGGAUGAAGAUCCAGCCAACCCUUUUCUGUCCCAUCUCCAGCAUUCCAGGAAUGUGGAAAAAUAGCCUGCCUACACAGUCUCUUCAAGAAUGGGACCUCAAGAGGUGGAAGGGAACCAAGUCAGGGCUUUAGGAUGUUCUCAUUGCUUUUUAGUAAUUAGACCUUCCAUCAUAGCUGGGGAGAAAGCGAAGUCAGGGUGUUGGGAAUCCGUCAUCCCAGGAAAUACAAGCAAACUUGUCUCUUCAUUCAGAGGAAACUUUCUUGUUUGCCCCGCAGUGUAGCUAGGUAUCCAAGGGAAGGGCAAACCAAUGAUCUAAAUUGACCCUUUAGAAAAACCCAAUGGGGACGUGGUAUCUAGAGGGACCUGGAGAUGGGGUUGAUUGGUUCUUUAUCUUCCAAGUUACUCUCCUUUUGUUUUUAUUUGCUUUUGUUUGGAGGAUUUUGUUCGGGGGUCUUGGAAUCCAGAAUAGUAAAUCUGAUCCUUUAAGGCUCUAAAGAAAAUUCAGCUGCCUCAACCAGCGUCCCUCUCUCAGCCGCGGCCCGGCAAGGGGAACAAGAGUUGCCAGCCAAGAUGUACACAGGGACAGCUCCCUUCAGGAUUGUUGUCGGAACUCCCAUGAUUUUGAAUUCCCUGCUGUCCAGAACCCGGAGCUACGAUGGGGACUGUGGAAAUAGGAGAGCCGGCCAUUUUACACCGGUCACAUUUUCUAUUGGUGGUGACCGAUUUGUGGGGAAAGGGCUUUGAAGGAACUAUUUCAGUAGACACGAAAGGUACGAACCUCUCAGGCCUUCAGAAGAACCUUAAUACUUCAUGCGAGCCCAAUUCCGAAGAUCUACAAGAAGGACGUGAUUGGGUUCCUCUGUGUUCCUGCCUGCUUCACUGUGGAUGGGAAGAGAUGACAACCUCAGUCUUCCUUUGGGACCUGUCCAAGGGUGGGCAAGCACCUUCCCCAUCACACAGAUUGAGGAGACACUGGACUUUUUACCCCUUUUCUUUAAUCUUCAAUAUUAAUGUUGUGUUUACAUUGAUGAGAACAAGGGUUCACGCCCUACCCUCUGCUGGGCUGUUUGUAUCGAGUUGCAAUGUGACCAGCGAAAGCUGCAUUCAAUAAAAGAACGUACAGACUGUUUCUUCCCCA